AUGGGUCUCCGACCCUUGAUUCGAAGAGGCCGUACGGUCUGGAGGCAUAUUUUGUCUUCAAAUGACGAAGAAAAUGAGAGGAAUUCGGUUCAAAUGAGCGCGGCUCAAAGUAAGGGCGAUGGAGAACUCGGUCGCCCGCCGAGUUAUAGUAGCUCUGAGCCCCAUGAUUUGACGCCAAAUCCAUAUGCGCAGCAGGGUGUUCAAGAUGUUGAAGCUGUCGCUAUUACUUGGUCUAAGGGCGCUUUAAUUGCGGUCUUCAUAAACAUCUGGUUCCUAUAUCUCGUGAACGCAUUCAUAUCCACGACGAAUAGCAGUCUAAAUCCAUAUGUGACGAGUCAAUUCCAAGCGCACUCACUAUCUGCGGUUCCCACCGCUCUUGGUGAUGCCUUUGCAGCUGCUCUGUAUCUUCCCAUGGCAAAAAUGAUGGAUGUAUGGGGUCGCGCAGAAGGUUUUCUCCUCAUGGAAAUCUGUCUUACAAUUGGAUUGGUGAUUAUGGCCUCGUGCAAUACCUUUGAAGCCUACUGCGCAGCGAAUGUCUUCUACUACGUUGGUUUUUAUGGCCUGGAAUAUGCUGUGGAUGUCGUGACAGCAGAUGUUUCCACUUUGAGGAACCGUGCUUUUGCCUAUGCAUUUACCUCAUCCCCAUACAUCAUUACAGCCUUCGCGGGUCCAAAGAUUGCAAGUGAAUUUUAUUAUCGAGUUUCCUGGCGAUGGGGCUAUGGCUGCUGGGCAAUCAUUGCGCCUAUUGUUGCUGCACCUCUUUAUAUUAUGCUGAAAUGGAAUUUACACAAGGCGGAAAAAGAGGGCCACCGGAUUAAACGACCAAGUGGUCGAACAGUGUGGGAGAGCAUUUGCCAUUGGACCAUUGAAUUUGACUUGAUUGGAGUUUUUCUGUUCACAAUCGGCCUCGUUCUAUUUGAAUUACCCUUCGAUAUUGCCUCAUAUGCACCCUACGGCUGGGCCUCGGGCUAUAUCAUUGCUAUGUUGGUGGUUGGAUUUUCCAUGAUCUUUUUCUUUGGGAUCUGGGAAUGGUAUGUGGCACCAGUACCUCUUGUCGGAAUGGAUUGGCGACUCUUCAUGGAUCCAACCAUUAUCGGCGCAGUCCUCCUCGACACGACAUAUCAAAUCUCAAAUUACUGCUGGAGCUAUUACUUGACAUCCUGGCUGCGGGUCAAUAACGAUCUGUCACUUACCACAGCCAACUACAUCGACAACAUUUUUGAUAUGGUUUCAGGUGUGCUUUUACUCUUGGUCGGAUGGAUCAUCCGCAGAGUUGGUCGCUUCAAGUGGACCCUUUACAUUGCGGUCCCCCUUUAUAUCUUCACACAGGGCUUGAUGAUCUAUUUCCGACGACCGAAUAUGAAUGUUGGCUAUCAGGUCAUGUGCCAGAUUUUCCUUGCGGUCGGAGGUUCUAUAUUCAUUCUUGUUGAGCAAAUCGCCAUCUUGUCCACUGUGGAUCACCAGCAUGUUGCCACUGCCCUGGCCAUAUUGAAUGUUGUUGGUACAAUUGGUGACUCGGCUGGUUUAACGAUCAGCACAGUCAUCUGGCAGAACACAUACCUGAAGGCUCUGCGUGAAUACCUCCCCGAAUCGGCGAUGUCGAGCAUAAACGAUAUUUAUGAGAGCCUUGAGACUCAAAUCAGUUAUCCUGUAGGAACUGAGACAAGAUUGGGCAUUCAAAAGGCGUAUGCUUAUUCUGAAUUGCGACUGCUUGCUGUUGGAUGUGGUGUGGUAGUCCUGGCCAUUCCUUGGACCCUUUUGAUCAAGAAUGUCGAUCUAAGGAAGAAGGUCCAGGUCCGGGGCACAGUCUUCUAA